AUGGCUUCAAAGUAUGGAAAUGGAGAUUUUUGGAUGGUUAGGAAGUAUGUCAAGAAUCAUACUUGUCCAAUUGAUGUUGUGUUAAAUGAUCAUGGUCAAGCUACUAGCAAAUUAGUGAGUGAUUGUGAAAAAGCAUUGGAGGCAUUACAAGGAUCUGCUAAUGAGUCAUGUGCUCUAUUGCCAUCAUAUCUUCAUGCUCUAAAGCCUUUUAAUCCUAGCUCAGUGGUUGAUUAUCAAACUGAUGAUAAAGGCAGAUUCUUAUAUAUGUUCAUGGCAUUUGGAGCUUCAAUUGAAGGAUGGAAGUAUUGUAGGCCAGUCAUAUCAGUUGACGGAACAUUUUUAACAACUAAAUUUGCAGGAACAUUGUUCAUGGCAUGUGCCAUGGAUGCCAAUAAUCAUAUAUUCCCAAUUGGUUUUGGCAUAGGAGAUUCCGAGAAUGAUUCUUCUUGGAUUUGGUUUUUCCAAAGGUUAAGAGGUGAAUUAGGAACUCGAGAUAAUUUGGUUAUUGUUUCAGACAGACACAGGGGUAUUGAGAAUGCAAUAUCUAUUGUGUAUCCAGAUGCAGAACAUGUUCUAUGCACCUAUCACUUGUUGAACAACCUAAAAUUUGCAUUGAAGUUCAAGGGUCAUGAUGUGCUAUUUGAGAAUUGUUCAAGAGCUUAUUUAAAGAUUGACUUUGAGUUUUAUAUGCGCCAAAUGGAGUCCAUCAAACCAAGAAUUCGUGAAUAUCUUCUUCAAGUUGGAUACGAGAAAUGGGCUAGAUCAUAUUCUACCAGAAGAAGAUACAACAUUAUGACUUCAAAUAUAUCAGAAAGCUUAAAUUCCGUUUGGAAAGAAGCUAGACACUUUCCUGACGCUCCCACAUGA